AGGCGGUCCGUGCGUAAGAAGCAUCAGAUCCGGUACUGGGUAACCGGCUCCCUCGCAUCCCUCCGUGGAGGGAACCUGGCUGUGGGUUGAAACAUGACGGGAAGCCAGUUUAAUAUUAGACGCUGGACCAGCAAACAUGUAGCCAAGUGGCUAAAGGAGGAAGGCUUCAGCGAAUACAUUGAUCUUCUAUGUAAUAAGCACAGACUGGAUGGUGUCGCCCUGCUAACUUUGACGGAAUACGAUUUACGCUGCCCACCUUUAGAACUGAAAGUGCUGGGUGAUAUUAAAAGAUUAAUGGUAUCUAUUCGGAAACUUCAGAAACAGCACAAAGAUGUGUUGGCAGAGAUGGGCUACACCAGUGAUGAAUGCCUUCCUAGUGCUGUUGCCUGUGCCACUAACUGUGCACAGAGCAAGGACUGUCAGUGUAAUGGUGUGGAACGUCUUGGGGACAGUGGUUCUGCUGGAGACCUGAGUACUGAACAAUAUCAGAAUGGGAAAUACUACAAGCAUCAAACACGGCGGCUUGACCCAGAGUUCUGGAAGACUGCUUUGAGUUCUAUUUAUGUAUUCAUAGUCUUUGGGUUUACAUCGAUUGUCAUGGUAAUAGUUCAUGAGCGUGUCCCUGACAUGCAAACUUAUCCACCCCUACCAGACAUAUUCUUGGACAGUGUCCCAAGGAUUCCAUGGGCUUUUGCAAUGGCUGAAGUCUGUGGAGUUGUUCUGUGCACUAUCUGGCUGUUAUUGUUGCUGCUUCAUAAGCACAGGUCUAUCCUCCUUCGUCGCAUGUGUAGCCUGAUGGGAACAGUGUUCUUAUUACGCUGCGUUACUAUGUUUGUUACCUCGCUGUCUGUGCCUGGCCACCACCUACAGUGUUCUGGAAAAUUGUAUGGAGACAUGUGGGCCAAAUUUCAAAGGGCACUCGCAAUUUGGAGUGGUUUUGGAAUGACACUAACAGGCGUGCAUACUUGUGGAGACUACAUGUUCAGUGGCCACACGGUUGUCCUCACCAUGCUCAACUUCUUUGUCACGGAAUAUACACCAAGAAGCUGGUACUUCUUGCAUACCUUGUCCUGGGUAAUGAACCUAUUUGGAAUCUUCUUCAUCCUGGCUGCACAUGAACAUUACUCAAUUGAUGUCUUCAUCGCAUUUUAUAUUACCACAAGACUGUUUUUGUACUACCACACAUUAGCCAACACUCGAGCGUAUCAACACAGCCGUAGAGCACGGAUUUGGUUCCCGAUGUUUUCAUUCUUUGAAUGCAAUGUCAAUGGCCCUGUACCAAAUGAAUAUAGUUGGCCUCUUUCUAGGCCGAGGUUAUUGAAAAGAUUAAUUGGAUAAGUGGUAAUCUGCCCCAACAGUUACUUUGUUGGACAAACCAAAAGUUAAGGAAGAGUUAACUGAUUUUGUAUAAAAGAUUCACAUAAUCAGUACAAGGCAAGUACAAAUGUGAAGAGGGUGAGGCUUUUAUAUAGUUGGUGGUUGGUUUGGCUCAUGUUAAGUCCACCAAGUUGAAAUAUUACUUUUCCUUUACUACAAAUAUAUCAACUCCAUCAGCUGGGAAUCUUUCCUGCCAUUGGUGGCCUUGUAUGAUUUGAAAGAGAUGCAGCCACCUGGUAACGUAAGCUCUCCUGACGUAAGCUAUCUGACCACCUUGGUGGUAAUAUAAAUUCAGCAGUAUGCCCACAAGAACUAAUGCUGCUUUUCCUUUUUGCCCUGAGGAGAAUGAUUUCAAAUGAAGCCAGUGACUUCUUGUUGUGUUCAAAGGCUGCCGUUCAAAUUGUUCAGCUGGUUUUCUGACAAACCUUUCUCUAUUUGAGGAUAUUUGUUCAAAGAUUUCCUUUGUCAUUGGGUUUGGUUUCAGGGAAAUCUCAUUUUGCACUUGUUUAAGGAAACACUAAAGAAUUGUGGGAAACCUGGAAGAACCUUUUACAAAGUGUCUUCAUUCUACAUUUUCUAUUUUCAUCCUCACUACAUAACCACGGAUGGUAUGCAAUCUGUUCCUAAAGCAAUAAAAGGGUUUUGUCCAAUACUGGUUCCUUUGGGGUAGCCAUCAUUUUUACCUAGAACUGCUCAUUGUAGUAGCAACAACUUCAGCCCUUCCCUCUGUAGACCUUGACAUUAGUAUUAAUUUUGUCAAUUAUCUCUCAGAAAUACGACUUAAUGCACUCAAAAAACACUCAGACCACUUGUAAUGUUUACAAUGUUGUGUAGUUGAUUAGCAUACACUAUUUGCAAUUUAAAAUGUUUGAUUUAUCUAAACCAUAAUUAGGUAUUAUUUAUAAAAUAAUUCAGUAGUUUUCAAUCAAUUUAAUUGCUGUUGGAUAGUUUAUGUGAUCCACUGUUAGAAGGGAGAAUCCUUCAUUUCACUUGGGAGAAGUUGUGAUUGUACUUCACCUCUGGUGACUUAUCAGAAACACUUCUUACAAGUUGACCUGUAGAUCAGGAUAUAUUUUGCUUGUGGACUUGCAAGAUGCCAGGCACAUAAUUCCAUUUGAAAAACUAAAAAUGAUGAAUGUAUGUGUUUUUGUUUUAACAGUUGUAAGAAAUUGACAAGCCAGGUAACAUUUUCUUCAGUGAUUUGUUAUCAGAUUAAUUUAAUAAGGUGAUAGUAUCAGAGGUAAACUCCCUCAUUCAGUCAGAUCAAGACGGAUCUAUCCUGAUAUCCCGAUUCCCUUGGUAUCCUGCAAUCUACCGAUCUCUCUCUCAAAUCUCCUUGGGAUUUCCAUAACCCUCUUGGCUGGAGAAUUCUAGAGAUUCACAACCAAAAAAACUCAUUUCAGUCCCAGAUUGCUGACCGCCCCCCCCCCUUUAUUUUGAGAUGGUGAUCGUGGGCCCUGUAAACCCAACAUUGUUCCAGUAACAACCGUAUCAAGUGCCAUCAGAAUUCUGUAUGUUUCGUUGAGAUCACCUCUUAAGUCUAAACUGUUGAGUUUUCCAGCCCUUUCAGUUUAAUGCCUACUCUAGGACAAUCCCCUCCAAUGCCUAGAGACAAUCUGACAAAUCUCCACUGUUCUCCCUCCGUCACUGGCAUAUCCUUGGUAAGGACAAGAUCGGGAUGUGGUACUAUAGAUGGCCAUCUGAUCACAGCUCUGUGCAUUAGCCUGUUCCUCCCCCUGGAUCAAGAAACAAAGCAUCCCAGUUUGAUAUUUCUGCUUCAUGCCUUAAUGCAGAGGUUAAUGACAAGCUCCUGGAACUGUGGAACAAUGCAUUGCAGAUACAACAGUUGCUCCUUAAAUGUCACAGAAGUGGAACUGUUGCCUGGUCCUUUUCAAAAAUGUGCUGCUGUUAUAGGAAAUAAUCAUAGCAUCUUGGAAUUUACCCAUUUACUAUUCAGUUACCUGGGGAGCAAAUUGAAGAGCAAAGAGUGGAUGAGAUGGUAGAAGUAUUUUAUUGGUAGAGCCAUCUAAGGGAUUUCAGUCGAAUGAAUGAAUAUUGAUUGGCUCAGUGCAUGUUAACAUUCCCAUUUCUGCUAAAUGGCAUCUUUCAAAUGAUUCAGGGUUCACAUUCUGUACAGUCUUAAUGUUCAUUGCCCAAAUUGGAUGCAAUACAAACCUUUAAAGGACAGUAUCUGCUUGUAGAACUUAACUGUAGAAGACUGGCAUGACAUUUGCCAAUGAGAGAGUGUUUUGCAUGCAUUGAGAACUUAGCUACUUAAAUUUCUUCAACAUUACAGAUGCUAGGUAAGUUGCCAAUAACUAGUUGUGCUAUCAUGUGGCUGUCCUACAGAAAGUUGUUUGUAUUUGUCCAUAAGUAUGCCUGAAUGUUUUUGAUAUUGAAUAUGACUUGUGCUGAUCUUCCUUUGUCAGUUAACACAGGUUCCUGUUUUAAUUCAUAAACAGAGCUCUGCAGUGUCACAAGGGAGUAACCUUAUCUGUCCAUUUGUUGAGAAGCAUUUUUCUCCUUGGCCUUGUUUUGCGCAUCAGCAGCUUUGAUUCUGAUGAACUAUCUGCAUGAGGUCUCACACUGUUAAAAGCACUGUAAUUUUAUUCCUUUUGAGAUAUUGUGUGAUUGCACUGACUCCUUGUUCUGCUACUAGGUUCCUGUACCUGAUUCAGUGUGAUAUUCACAGGUUGGCGUUCCUGUUCUUUUGUGAUAUCUUGAAUUGAGGGACAGUAAUACAAGCUAAUAAUGUUACUAGUUAACAAGCACCCCCUGGCUAUUCAGUUUGGUGCUGAAGAACCUCACUCAACUCUGAGCUUCUAAUGAUCACCGAGAUGUACUUACUGAUUGUGGGUUUGUGGGGAACCCAGGUAUUCUUGCAGCGCUGUAGCAUGCAUCUUCUUUUGUUCCUCCUCACUGGCAUGUCAUUGGCCAUGUAAAUCUGAUAAAAUCCCAAUUCCAAGGUUUUCAGCUGAUCAUUAGAAGGGCUUUUGGUGGAGGCAUUUCUGGAUGAUUCUGCUCAGGAGAACAUUUUGGGAGGGGGUUGAACUUGAACCUGAGGCAGUUCUCAAAGAGAGGCCUUCCUAAUUAAACAGCAUUCUCAGGGAGCAUCAUGAGGAAUCACUUCAGUCAAAAAUUGUCAGAUCAAACCAUUUUUGUGACACAAAAUGUAUUAUGAAAUGAAUUUAUUCUGUGUCUUCCGGCUGCAUCAUCCUUAACUAUAGGUACUUUGACUUCAAAUAUACAAAUUAUUCUGGUCCUGCUGUGUAAAGUCAGGUAGAGUAAACUGCCAAGAAAUGAGGUAAAAAUUUUAGUGACUUUUAACUUUAAAUGUGCAGAUGUAUUCCAGUUCUUACACUGACUUACACUUAAACUCCAAAGUUUGAGGGAUUGCAGGUGUUUUUUAAUCUCCUGGGUCUGUCUUGUCAUGACCCCGUGCUUCUGACUCCCUACAUCAGAAAGAGCAUCUUGCUGCAAUGAUUUCUUGUAUUCCCUAUUUAGAAAAAAACACCUCCUUCACUGAUUAAGCUGAAAGUAACAGAGAAGCCAAAAAGGCGAGCUGGUUAGGAAAAGUACUAACCAUUUAUAUAGCGUAAAUCUCAUGGGCAGCUCACUGUCUGUUGAGGCCAGUUAGAGGUGCUGACCAUGCCAGUAUGCCCGUGUCCCAAAAAUGAACUCAUGUUAGUUGUCCUGUCCAAGUGGAUGGAUGAGGUGAAAUAGCCUGGUGUUGAAUAAGGUUGUAAGCUUAAAGAAAACAUUCAAUAUCAAAAAAUCCAAUUUGCUUCCGACUCGCGCGCGUGUGUUAGAGAGAGAGACACACGCACACAGUUGGUGAGUGUUUGAGGCAACCUAACAUAAUUAAAUAACCAACAAUAUCGAAUGUUUUUUCUUACAAACACCAAUUAAUUACCUUUUUAUAAAUUAAAUAGAUAUAAAACAACCCUGUGUUUAAAAAAAACUCUUAAUGGACUUUUUACUUUUAGGUUUGAAGUACUAUUCAGUAUUACUAAUAUUUAUUAAGUUCAAAUCAGAGGUAUUAAAUGUUUACAUUGGUAUUUUGUUCAACUAAAAGUAUUGAAGGAGCCUGACUGAGUUAGAGCAGCAGUGUUCUGCAGUUCUGUGCAUCAGCUCUGUCUGAUUCCAUCUUUAUGAUGAUGCCUUUUAUUGGCUUUUGCUGAGAUCUAAUAAGAAUUCCAGAAUGUUUUUGUGUACAAAUUCUAAAUAAAUUUGUUCUAU